AUGCCUCCCAAAAUACCCCCGCAACCACCCCCUUCAUUUGCACUCAGCCCUUCUGAUAUCCUCAGCCAGACAACGGAUCUCAUAGCCUCCACAAAAGCUCUCGAAGACUCACUCGUCGCUUCCCUCACACCCACUACCGCAACAUUCUCAAGUCUCCUCAAGCCAAUCCUCAACGAUGACCAUGGAGUGUCCAAGAAGACUCUCCUAAUUCGUCUCUUCAGCUCCGUCUCUGAAGAUAAGGAGCUUCGCGAUGCCUCCCGCACGGCAGAGGAAAUGCUCCUCAAAGCUAAUUCUGCAGCUCUCAUGCGCAAGGAUGUUGCAGCCCUCGUAAAAGCUGCCUAUGAAAAGAGCCAACAAGAAGAGACACUAGAUGAGGAAGAUGCGUACAUGUUGUUCAAAACGCAUAGAGCGUAUCAGAACACAGGCGCUGGUAUCGGGGAUGAGGAGUUAAGAGAAAAGUACAAAGCUGCUGUACAAGAGCGAAAUGAGGUCCUAAUCGCAGCCAAAAAGACAAUCAGCGAAUCCGAUGACGGCAUCUACUUCACCCGUUCCCAACUCAACGGUGUACCCUCUUCAAUCCUCGACGCCAUGAAAGUCAACGACAAAGGCGAGCUCAAAGCAACUUUUAAAAAGGGCCAUCUCAUCUCUAUCAUGAAACACACCACCAGCGCCAGCACAAGAAAAGCAUACCACAUCGCCAAGGAAAGUCGAUUCCCCGAGAAUGUUGCCCGUCUGGAGCGAGCAGUUGAGCUGCGCAACAGCACGGCGCGAAUGCUCGGCUUCAAAACACACGCCGAGCUUAAAAUGGAAGAUAAAAUGGCAAAGAACGUUGAGAGCGUUAUAACAAUGCUCAAUAAGCUACGAGUACAAUUGAAGCCUCUUGCUGAUGAAGAGAUGAAGACACUGCUUGAGAUAAAGAAGGCUUAUAUAAAGGAAAACGGCACUGAUGAGGCCAAGGAGGACUCCGAUAAGUUGAAUGCGUGGGAUUGGGCAUUCUAUGCGCGCAUUCUCGAGAAAGAGAGAUACUCUGUUGACUCACUCCUUAUAUCCGAGUACUUUGAGAUCAACCAUAGUCUCGAAGGCAUGCUUCGAAUCUUUGAAGAGAUUUUCGGCAUCGUCUUCGUCCCUACCGAUGCACCGGUUUGGCAGAAGGAUGUCACCGUUUACGAAGCCUGGAACUCGGAGGAUCAAUGUGGUGGAUUCCUUGGAUACCUCUACCUUGACCUCUAUGCGCGAGAGGGUAAAUACGCAGGCGCCCACAGCUCUCUCAUCCAACCGGGCUUCAUUACUUCAGACAACAAGCGCCACUAUCCUUCUUCAUCUUUAGUAACAUCCCUCCUUCAUACCCCCGGCCGUCCAACUCUACUUCUACACUCCGAACUCAAAACAAUGUUCCACGAGCUCGGCCACGCAAUCCAUAAGCUCGUCACCCACACAAAGCAUCAACAUGGUUGCUCUCGCGACUUUGUCGAGAUCCCCAGUAUUCUCCUCGAGAACUGGAUAUGGGUACCUUCCGUGCUGCGCCGUCUAGGAAAACACUACAGUUACUUGAACGACGAGUAUCUCAACUUCUGGAAAACCCAAAAAGGCGACGCAUAUGAAAGACCAGAGGAAGAGUUGCCAGAGAAAUUGGCGCUUGAUCUUGCAAAGACAAAACAUGUCAACGGUGCACAUGCAAUGCUGCAUCAAGUCUUCCUCGCAUUGUUUGAUCUGACGAUUCAUAACGCCGACGAGGCUCAUCCUGUGGAUACCACCAAGCUUUGGAACGAGAGCAAGACGGAGAUUAUGGGCCUUGGACGGGCGGACAGUAUUGGACAGGCAUCAUUCGCACAUCCUUUCCGCGGAUAUGAUGCUGCGUACUUCACCUACGCAUUGUCAAAAGUAUAUGCAACCGACCUGUGGGUCAGCCACUUCAAGAUCGACCCGAUGAACAGGAAUAUGGGCUUGCGAUAUCGCCAGCACGUUCUGCAGCCAGGAGGCAGUCAACCUGAACUCAAGAGUCUUGGUAACUUCCUUGGCCGCGAACCAAAUGACGAGGCAUACUAUUCGGAAGUCACCAGCACUUCUGGGCCCGAGAACUCGGCUGCUUUGUAA